UCCCGGUGUCUACAUAUUGACAUCGGAUUUCGAGGCUUUGGUGUUUCGCACGUUGUUCUGAAUUUCUCACAUUUCUCUUCUACUAUUUAUCUUAUUACAUAAGUUCCAGAAUAGACAUGUCGCAUACGAUACUUCUCAUCCAGCCGAACAAGAAGCCUGACGGGAGGACGUAUUCUGACUACGAGUCUGUAAACGAAUGUAUGGAAGGAAUCUGCAAGAUGUAUGAAGAGCACUUGAAGCGUUUGAAUCCCAAUUCCCCGAGCAUCACAUACGACAUAAGUCAGUUAUUUGACUUUUUAGAUCAACUGUCUGACAUCAGCUGCCUUGUGUUCCAGAAGAGCACAAACACAUAUGCGCCAUACAACAGGGAUUGGAUCAAAGAGAAGAUAUACGUUUUGCUGAGAAAGCAGGCAGGUGUAGGGGUGAAGUGAGUGUGAGGAAGCAGCGAUGACAACCGUCUUGGUCCGACGAUCAUUCCUUCCGUGUUUGUACAGUUUUUGGCUGCCAUGGAGUUGUGUACAGUGUGUACGUUGUGUGGGAUUGCAAUACUUGCGAUUCAAUGCGCUAGAUGAUACUGCAACGGAACCCUCGUCACAGAAACAUCCAAAUUGCUGCACUUUCCAAGGCCCUAGCUUUUUCUUUAACGAUUCAUCGUAACUGGGAGAGAUGCGAAGAAUGGAACAUAGAAAACUUUCGUUCUUCACAAUAAUUUUAUACAGAUAAUUUCUUACAGAUAAUUUUAUAACACACAGGCUCCACUUGCACGGACACCUUUUUUAGGGUGACAUAUUUUUGUUGUUUCGACGCGUUUCAGAUGGUCAUAUGUUUCGUGGUAGCUGGGGAACGCGCACCUCGUUAGUGGUGGCUGUAUGAUUUUUGCAGAUGCCAAGCAAGCGUAUAAAGCAGAAAUUCCCAACCUUUUACUGUUUUAGUCCACUGCCCCCUUGGCUCCAUAAGCUUAUACCCUGUGACCCCUGCUGUACCUUUUAUAUGCUUACGCCUACCACCUCCUUGGUUAACCCCACAGCUCGAGGGGGGCGACAUACCCACUUUACGAAAUUCUGGUCCAAAGCAAUGUUAAACUUGACGGGUGAGGAACAGUUACGACAAUGUUCUCGUUCUGAUGCAAUAUUUGGAUAAGAUUUUUCCCCUGGUGUAUUAGACAUUUGACCAAGUACAUGUCAGGUAGGUGGAACUAUAGGUUACUUCUUGCUCGUAUCAAAUAUAUGUUGGUGUCUUGCAUAGGUCUUGCACUUGUAUAAGUUGGAAUAAAAUUUUAGCACGGUUUUGCAUUAGCUAUCUAUUAAUCUACUGCCACUGCAGGUAAACUUUUUCCCAUUUUUUCUUGUGGUUGCGAAUUUGUCACCAGUUUUUCAGUGAGCAUUUGCGACACUGCAUACUCGAAAUGUUUUGCUUGGAAGAUUGUUGUAUUGUUGAGUGUAUUUAAUUUCACCACGUAGUAGGUUCAUUAUCCUGGGUCAUUUGUUGCACGGAAAACUGUACCUCGAACAUACUUUUGAGGGAAAAUUUGGUAAUGUAAGUGUGCCAAUAUGUUUUAUUGUAUUGAGUAGUGAUUGUGUUUUAUUUUGAUGAUUUUCUGAACACUUGACUAAACGAGCAGUCAUUGUAGUGUGUGCGGGGGGAUCAGUGGCGUAGCUUUCAGCAUUAUGUUCGGUUUGAAUUGUUCUACCUGUCAGUUUUUUAUAAUUUAAUAGUGGCUAUGAAGAUGUUUAGUUAAUUGUAGAUAAUUAGAAAUAAAUGGAAACAAGUUGAAACAUGCUGAUGGGUAUCUCUUGAAGUUGGCGGCUUGAUAUAUUUAUGAAACCUUGUGCUACCUUGUGCUAUAACAACAUUAUUGGCAUAUUAACUACUUGUUUAGAAAAGCAAACCAAUAAACUCUAAAACUAGUUAAUGCUGGAAACUAGAGUAACGCUAUUAGAUCGUCAAUAUUUAAGUGCAUUCUUCUUUACGCUAUAUCUUAUGUUGUAUACUUGACACCUACACGUGAACCAAGAGUUUUUGGGAAAAAAUUGUGUGAAUAUGCAAAUAGGAAAUAUGGAUGUGUCUGUGGCUGAACAUACCAAAAUGCAAAUGCAAUUUCUUGCAGUUGGGUUUCAAUAAACGUGUUUUAUCAUUAUUCUAUA